CAGAGAUUCGUUCCUCCUGACGAUGGAGGUAGAAUGUGUUGCGGAGUUGGACCCUAUCCGAUGACUGAUAAGUAUAGUCAGAAACUUGUGAAGGAUAUGAUUCAGAAAAGCUUGCGAAUCUACAAUCGCCAAAAUAAGUUGAAUUUUGAGUUUGAUAAGCUUGUCAGCGUUAUUGAUUGUGCUGUUGCUGGCCUUCUGUUUUACAUUAUUUUCAAUGCACGCUCUGGUGAUGAUGCACCUCAAACCUUUUACAGCAGAGUAUGGCAAACAAUCAAUGAUAAACUCAAAGUCCAGUUCUGUGCGAUUGGUGAUGCGCAGGAAGUUGGUACAUCUCAGGAUGUUGGUACUUCUCAGGCUUAAGUUGUGGAAUCUGAGUUUGGAUUCAUGUUAUAUUUGUGUGUUUAUAGUUUCUUCACAAAGGAAAACUCUGAUGUUAUAUAAUUUCAAUACUCAUGAAAUAGUGCAGUGUGUAUUAGUACAAUGAUAGAUAUAACUGACAUCUGAUGAGCACUGUUUACAGAUAUUAUGGAAUUUGUUAGUGUUCUAGCUUCUAUCAUUAACUUAGCUCCAUUAAUAUAAUUUUCGAUUUGUGAAUGGUGGU